AUGGCGGUUUCAAGAAUCCGUCGCACACUUUCAUUCAAUAAACCAAACCUUAAUCAUCAAACAUCCUUUUCCUCACCAAAGGGUGGAAAAUCAUAUCAUGUAAGAUCAGUUAGUCUUCCAUGCAGAACACAUCCACUGUUAUCUCAGCUCAAAGACGAAAUCAAUGAGCUCAAAACAUGGGCAUCCAAAGUUGACGACCGGACAUCGUCUUGGUUAUGCGACGGAUUAAUGAUGCUUAAAGAUGUUCACGAUUCCGUUGACGAUCUCCUUCAACUUCCACAAACACAGGCAUCUCUUCGCCGUAGAUCUGAUUGGGUUGAGAACCUAUUAGAGGAUUUCCUCCGUUUUGUUGACGUGUUUGGAAUUUUCCGUGCCUCGCUUGUUACAUUGAAAGAAGAACAGUUAUCAGCACAAGUUGCAAUAAGGCGAAGAAGAGACUACGAGUCUAAAUUGUCUUCUUACGCGAAAGCGCGCAGGAAUAUGGAGAAAGAAAUGGAAAAACUCGUGUCCAUUGUUCGAAGUAUCGGACGUUGCUCUUUACCACCACCGGUGGGUUGUGCGUCGUUGUUAGCGUCAUCGACAUCAACCCAAAAUGAGAUUGAGUUGGCUGGAAUUUUGAAAGAUGUUAAUGAAGUGACAGUAUUGGUAUCCGUGUGUGUUUUCAAUGGAAUUUCAAAGUCUUCCAUGGGAGGGAAAUAUAAAGCUUGGGCUAGUUUAAGUUUAUGGAAGAAUAACAACAAGGAAAUGAUGAAUAAAGAUUUCCAAGGGAUUAGAGAAUUUGAAGAAGUGGAGAUUGAGAAAUUAAUGAGGUUGAGAAAACAAAAAGAAGAAGAAGAAGUGAAAAGGGUGUUGAUAAAAAUGGAGAAUUUGGAGAAUUCAAUUGAAGGUAUUGAGAAAGAGAGUGAGAAAAUGUUUAGGAGUUUGUUAAACACAAGAGUUUCACUUCUGAAUAUUUGUACUCAAUAA